AUGCCAUUCGAGUACAAGAAGGUCUUGGUCAUCGGUGCCACCUCUGGCAUCGGCAAGACACUGGCCACCAAACUUAUCGAGAAUGGAACGCAUAUUAUCAUCUCCGGUCGGAGAAAGGAAAACCUUGAUGCCUUCAUUCAGCAGCACGGUGCUGAUAAGGUCAAGUCCAAAGUGUUCGAUAUCAUGCAACUAGACCAGAUCCCUCAAUUUGCGUCAGACAUUAUCGCUGAACACCCUGACUUAGACUGUAUCUUUGUCAACUCAGGCAUCCAGCGCCCAUUCGAUUUCUCCCAACCAGAGACAGUCGAUCUGGACAUUUUCGACCAGGAGUUGAUCACAAACUAUACAUCCGCUGUAUACCUCUCCAAGGCAUUCAUCCCUCAUCUUCAGCAGCAGAAGACACAAACUGCCCUCGCAUUCACCACUUCUCAGAUGGCUCUCGUCCCUAUGAUGCGGUGCCCGAACUAUGGCGCUUCCAAGGCCGCUCUCCACCAUUUUAUCCUUGCUCUCCGUACACAGCUGCAUGAUGGGCCUGGCAAUGUCAAGGUGUUGGAGAUCUACCCCCCUGCUGUGCAAACGGAGUUGCACGAUGCCAAGCACCAGCCUGAUCUGAAGGAUGGACAUUUAAUUGGCAUGCCGUUGCAGGAAUUUGUGGAUGAGGUCUGGACUCGAUUGUCAAACGGAGAGGAUCAGAUCCCGGUCGGAUCGGCGAAGGAUAUUUUUGAGGCUUUUGAGAUGAAGAGACAGGAGUUGUAUCACCAGAUGACGGAGUUGCUUUCUGGUUUGUUGAAGCAAUUCUUGCGGUAA